GAAGAGUAAAGAUGGCGGAGAAUAGCGGCACGGACCCGGCCGUGGAGACGAGCGCUGAGGAAAAUGCCUCCGCUAGCGCGACUAUCAUCAAAGUUACCGUCAAAACACCCAAGGACAAAGAAGAAAUAGCCAUUGCCGAAGAUUCAUCCGUCGCACAGUUUAAAGAAGAAAUAUCCAAAAGAUUCAAGGCGAAGCAAGACCAGUUGGUUCUGAUUUUUGCUGGUAAGAUCCUGAAAGAUGGAGACACACUCAGUCAGCACGGUAUUAAAGACGGACUCACAGUUCAUCUGGUCAUCAAAACUGCACAAAAGACUACAGGUGGCGAUAGUCCGCAGUCCUCUGCCUCUACUGACCCUGGACCAUCGCAGGGCAAUGAUGCCGGGACUGCUACCCCCAGCCCGACUGGCAACCUGGGCACAACCCCGGGCAGUGGGCAGACCCCAGCCCUGUCACAGCCAGCUAAUUUACUAGCUGGGUUUGGUGACCUGUCAGGCCUGGCUAAUCUCGGUAUGGGCUCUGCCAACUUCAUGGAGCUCCAGCAACAGAUGCAGCGGCAGCUCAUGUCCAACCCAGAGAUGCUGUCUCAGAUCAUGGAGAACCCGCUUGUGCAGAGUAUGAUGUCCAACCCUGAUCUUAUGAGGCAGAUGAUAGUGGCCAAUCCCCAGAUGCAGCAACUAAUGGAGCGCAACCCGGAGAUUUCACACAUGCUCAACAACCCAGAGCUCAUGAGACAGACAAUGGAGUUGGCUCGGAACCCAGCCAUGAUGCAAGAGAUGAUGCGUAACCAGGAUCGGGCGCUUAGCAACCUAGAGAGUAUUCCCGGGGGGUACAAUGCACUCCGGAGGAUGUACACAGACAUUCAGGAGCCCAUGUUUAGUGCUGCACGUGAACAGUUCGGAAAUAACCCCUUUUCGGCAUUGGGUGGUAAUGCUGAUGGCUCGGGAAUACAGCCCUCCAGGACAGAAAACAGAGAGCCCUUGCCAAAUCCCUGGAGCCCCCCAGACACCACCACCUCUGGGACGGCUACCACCACCAGCUCCACCACAAGCUCAACCACACCCAGUGUGUCCAACCCUCUGGGCAUUGGCUCCUCUAGCCUUGGCAACGGUAUGUUUAACAGUCCUGGCAUGCAAAGCCUCAUGCAGCAGAUCUCGGAGAAUCCACAGCUGAUGCAGAACAUGCUUUCUGCUCCCUACAUGCGCACCAUGAUGCAAUCCCUGGCUCAGAAUCCUGAUGUCGCCUCACAGGUGUUGAUGAACAACCCGCUCUUUGCUGGAAAUCCACAGCUACAGGAGCAAAUGAGACAGCAGUUACCUGUGUUUCUACAGCAGAUGCAGAACCCUGAAUCCCUCUCUGUCAUGACAAAUCCUCGAGCCAUGCAAGCCCUAAUGCAGAUACAGGAAGGACUGCAGACCCUUCAAACUGAAGCCCCUGGUCUUAUGCCCAGUCUGGUUCCUGGUGCUAUCCCUGGUGCCCCACUGCCAACAGGGGUAAAUGUGACCCCUGAGAAUGUUCCACCCUCCGGCCAGAGCUCCGCUCCCACUGCUGGUACUAAUCCCGCCCAGCAGCAGCUCAUGCAACAGAUGCUACAGAUGUUUGCUGGAGGAAGUGCAUUGACUCAGACUCCAGAGGUUCGUUUCCAGCAGCAGCUGGAGCAGCUGAGUGCCAUGGGCUUCAUAAACAGGGAAGCCAACCUUCAGGCCCUCAUCGCCACCGGGGGUGACAUCAAUGCCGCCAUCGAAAGACUGCUCGGCUCUCAGCCUUCCUAAUUCCACCAGCUGAGAGCGUGCAAAGGGAGACAUGAAACGAACAUAGUCCUUCAUCACAUAAAAUCUGACAAGCCCACAUAGACAGAAUUCCAAUUAUUUCUCAAUUUUUUUUUUUUUUUUUUUUUUUGAUCUUUGAAUCAAGAGCAAAGGGGUUCCAAAUUUGUUUCCUUGAACAAAAAAACAAAACCAGAAUCGCUGUGGAAUGACAUCACACUAACCCCCACAUCACUAGUAAGAUGGGACAAAGCUUACACUUGCUGAACUAAGUUUAGGUUACCAUUCCUUAUAAUUAAAACACUCACAUGAGACACUGCACAAUGAUUAGGGGAAUAAAAAACAUAUGCUUGAAUUCCUAAGCCAAAGGAAUUCUUGUCUGUUGUGAGAAUGCUUGGUUUCCUUCAUUUCUUUGUGUUUCUCCUAAAUCAUGCCUGAUCAAACCAGUAUUUAUUGCAGAAAGGUAGAGCUUACCCCUUUACUCCCUUUAAUCCUCCUCGGUUCAUGUUGAUUUGAGAGUUCCUUGACAUUUGAUGUGUUAUUUGAAACCUAAUAGACAUGAACAUGUCAGAGCACUAUACCACCUUGACUCUGAUUGCUUACACUUAAGCUAUUUUAGAAAGGUAUGAGUUUUGGAAGUGAGAUUCAAGAUAUUCAGUCAUCUUGUUAGUCGUUUGCCUUUGUGGGGAGUGUAAAUGAAGCAACGGUAAAGGCUUGUUAUAUUGGUAAGGUUGUAACAAAGCUUCAAUAAAAUUAUUUCUCAGCUUAACGAGCAAUGGCGAACACAGACAACAUUUUGUCUUUACCAUAUCUUUUUGCUUUGACGUUGAAGUAAUCUAGUGCCUGGAGAAGACUUGUAUUGUAUACUGGUUACAUCAUUCUCAAGUUGAUCUGGCAGUGAACCUGGUUACAGCAUGAUAGUGAUGCUAGCUUUUCUCAGUGCUAAUCAACAGCCAUCUAAUGGAACUAACAGCUGAGUUUUGAUGUGAAUUAAAAAUGUGUUCAACUUUUUUUUUUGCUGUACGUCCAUAAUCUUAAAAAAAAAAAAAAAAAAAUCUAAAUGAAUUACAUGGCAAAAACCUGAAUUUAUUGGGGUUUGUUGUUUCUUAAAGCCAACAGCAAGUUACAGUAUUACUGAGGGUUGUGGUUAUCAUGUGUGUGUCAGAUGCUACUUACUGAAAAUAUGACCACAGCACAAGUCAUAUUAGUGUGGAAUUCACAGACCAAACUCCAGGAAGUCAUAUUUAUUUGUUAUGAUAUAAUUAUUACAUAAUAUAGGCCUUAAAUGGCACUUUAAGGGUUCCAACAAUCCUAGAAAAGUAAUGGAAAUUUCUGUAUUGAAUACAAAUAGGCCUACUUCUAGUAAUGUUAAACUCCUAUAUUUCGUCAGCUAGAAUUUGCUUUACGUAUGUGUAAUCUAUCAGUUGAUCCUUAUCCAGUAAUUACAUAGAAAAGACAUGGAAUCAAAAUUAUUUGAGGGAACUCUAAUAUGUAUAUAAUAAGAAACUAAAGCAGAAUCUAAGCUACUUGAAUACUUAGUCAACACAAACAAAAACUGAUAUAUAAGUACCAUAUGCUGUUACAGACUAGGGCUGGGCGAUACAGCUAAAAGAUUUAAUCUUUAUAUAUUUGAGGCAUUUGAAAAUUUUCAAAAUAGUCCAAUGUCUCAAUUUAGGCCUUUGUGCUUAAAGGAAUAUUCUAGGUUCCAAAAAUGUUAAGCUCAGUCUACAGCAUUUGUGGCAAAAUGUUGAUUGCCACAAAACUUAACUUGGACUUGUCCCUCCUGUUCUUUAGAAAAAGCAAAAAAAUUGGGUUACAGUGAGGCACUUACAAUGGAAGUGAAUGGGGACAAUCCGUAAUACUCACUGUUUCUAAAGUAUAGCCACCAGACGUAAACAAUAUGCGUGUUAACAUGAUAUUAGUGUGAUAAAAUCACUUACUAACCAUUUCUGUGUAAAGUUAUAUCCAAUUAAACAACCGUUGCCAUGACAAUGUAACUCCAAACAGUUAAACCCUAAAAAUAAUACACGAUUUUUAACAGAAUGAAAUUAAAAGUGCUUUUAUAAAA